CCACCCUACCCAGUACACUGACUGCACGCACCAGCCCCUUCCGCCGCACGAGGUCAAGCCCACUGCCUCAUGUCUCGUGCACACACACGUCUUCACAUAUGCACACCCACUCUGUGCAUUCCUAGUUAUAGCACCUGUUCGCUCGCUCACAAACUCCACAUUCGCCCGUCCACCCGCCUCGCUCGUGCCCACGCGGUUCCCCCGCUCAGUGUCGGCUGCGCUGGAGCCCCAGUCGGUUGCCGAAGAGGGUGGGGCACCCGCGGCCGGCCGCGCUCCACCCACUCUCGGCCCCGCCCUUUCCCCACCUCCUGCCUGGGCCCUGGCCCGCCCAUAUCCGCGCCCAGCCCCGGCUCCUGCCUGGGCCCCGCCUCCCGCCUGGGCUGGCCGAGAGGAUGUGAGCUCACUCCCGCCUCCCGGCUCGCAGCGCCGUCAGGAAGCGUCCGCCCGCGGUGGCCGCCAGCUCGUUGCCAACGGGCCGGCCGGAGUCGCCCGUCCCGCCCUUCCCGGCGCCACACGCAGUAGCUGCUUUCCAAAUGGGUACGCAGUGAAGGCGGGCGGCCGCGGGGCCCAGGCAGCGCCGGGCUCCGAGACACUUCGUCCUCCGGGCCCGGCGGGUCGCCAGGAGACCGCCGGCGCGCACGCCACGCCCAUCGCGUUUCCGGUCGGGCCACGUGACCAGGCGCGCACGUGUUCCGGCCUCUCGGCGCCGCAGGCCGGAAGCUCCUCCUGCAGGGCUCAGGGCUGUUUCCCACCUGGGUCUGACGCGGGCCGGGCCGGGGGAGGCGGCGGGCCCCGGAAGCAGCGCAGACGCGGUGGCCCCGGGUUGGGGGCAGCAGCCUCGCUAUGAACCCCAGGGGCCUGUUCCAGGAUUUCAACCCGAGUAAGUUCCUCAUCUACGCCUGUCUGCUGCUCUUCUCCGUGCUGCUGCCCCUCCGCCUGGACGGCGUCAUCCAGUGGAGCUAUUGGGCUGUGUUCGCCCCCAUAUGGCUGUGGAAGCUCCUGGUCCUUGCUGGCGCCUCGGUGGGCGCGGGCGUUUGGGCGAGGAAUCCCCGUUACCGCACCGAGGGUGAGGCCUGUGUGGAGUUCAAGGCCAUGCUGAUCGCCGUGGGCAUCCACCUGCUGCUGCUCAUGUUCGAAGUGCUAGUCUGCGACAGGGUGGAGAGGGGCACCCACUUCUGGCUACUGGUCUUCAUGCCGCUCUUCUUUGUGUCUCCCGUCUCCGUGGCCGCUUGCGUAUGGGGCUUCCGGCACGACAGGUCCCUGGAGCUGGAGAUCCUGUGCUCUGUCAACAUCCUGCAGUUCAUCUUCAUCGCCCUGAGGCUGGACAGGAUCAUCCACUGGCCGUGGCUGGUGGUGUUUGUGCCGCUCUGGAUCCUCAUGUCCUUUCUCUGCUUGGUGGUCCUCUAUUACAUUGUCUGGUCCCUCCUGUUCCUGCGUUCUCUGGAUGUGGUUGCCGAGCAGCGAAGAACACAUGUGACCAUGGCCAUCAGCUGGAUAACGAUCGUCGUGCCCCUGCUCACUUUUGAGGUUCUGCUGGUUCACAGGCUGGACGGCCACAACGUGUUCUCCUACGUCUCCAUAUUCGUCCCUCUUUGGCUGUCAUUAAUCACUUUAAUGACCACAACAUUUCGGCGAAAGGGGGGCAACCACUGGUGGUUUGGUAUUCGCAGAGAUUUCUGUCAGUUUUUGCUUGAAAUUUGCCCUUGUUUAAGAGAAUACGGGAACAUUUCAUACGAUCUACAUCAUGAAGAUAGUGAAGACGCUGAAGAAACGUCAUCUGUUCCAGAAGCUCCUAAAAUCGCUCCAAUGUUCGGAAAGAAGGCCAGGGUCGUGAUAACCCAGAGCCCUGGAAAAUAUGUUCCCCCACCUCCCAAGUUAAAUAUUGAUAUGCCGGAUUAAACUCGUUGUCGGUGGGGGAGUGCCCACGAGUGGAAAAGAAACCAUAUACACCCGAAGUCCACCUUACUUUGGCCUCUUUGCUCAUCCAUCUCAAACUUGGAACUGAUAACAGGCUCCAAACAUCAUUUCAUGCCUUGUUGGAGAUCGAUGCCUACCAGUGACUCAUCAGUAUUUCAUCGGAGAUGUGGGAGGUUAUUUUACCCUAUAGUGGUGGGUGUGCCUGUGAGCGUGCACGAUGUGCCUCCCGGUAUGAGGCGCUUGUCUCCAGGUUGCUGCUGCAGAACCAGCUAGAGCUGUGCAUUAAAUUGUUUUAGUAGGUCUUCAGAUGGGCUCAAGACACAGCUAGGGCUUUUUUUUUUUUUUAAGUGGUACUAUAUACCUAUCAAAAGUAUUGUUUUGAAAAGUAUUUUUAUACACUGCUGGCCUGAAAUUGUAUUUCAGAUUGUGCCUGUUGUGACGUAAUCAAUAGCAAAAGUAAAGCCUUCUCCUUCCCACCACUUGCACAUAAACCUCAUAGUUGUUACUUUAGGCGUUCCUCCUGUUAGAAUAGUUUUUCUUUAGGCUUUACUGAUACAGGUUUUGAGUAGCCUCAGAGGUGAAUUUUUCUAAUGCAGUGAAUCCAUACAGAUGUGAUAUUUAUAUGAAUAUUUUAGCCAUGUAAUAUAUUAUGUUGAAUUCUAGUUCUGUGCAGUAAAGUGUAUUAUGUUAAAGUAUUUUUUUAAGUUUAUAUGUGAAGACACAUGUCUAUUGCAGAUGUUGUUAAAGAUUGCUUAAAACAUUAAUAUGUACCUGGUCUGGGGUCUUAUUAAAGUUCUAGGCAUGAAUAUAGGGAUUGAAAAAUCCCAAGGAUCUGAAUAUUCAGGUGUUCCAAUGCCUCGGUCUGCAGAGUUUUAAGGUCUCUCUUGGGAGGAGCCACUGUCCUUUGGGAACAGGUGACAUGCUCCAGGGUGGCACCAGACCAUAAAGUGUAACUGUUAUUUAGCACCUUGAAUUUUUCCACACAGGCAAGUACAUCUCUUCACGAACAACUAAAAGAAGCAGCAAGUGGUUUGUCCAUUUCUAAGAAUCUUAGACUAUUAAUUGGCCAUAAAGUAAAGUGGUAUUUAUACUUGUCACUGGAAAGCCAGAGAGAGUGGCCUUAACCGAAAAUGGCUAACAGGAUCAAGUAUUAUUUUAAGGUCCAAACUUUUUGAUCUGUCAGAAACAGGUUAUUUUUAAAAUAAGUACAAUGUUGCUUUAGGUACUGGUGGUAGCCAGGGGAUCAGAAGGGCACAAACCAGAUCCUGGAAGGGUUUUGUUUUUCUGAGAAAAACAAAUCCUUUCAAAAGGAGGUUAAAAUUUAAGAGUAUUGAUAUUAUUAAUGGAGAGAAGACUGGAGGGAACCCAUUUCUGUUACUAGCCACCUAGUAAAAAUUAUCUCAGCUGGGCUCCGUAGGGAUUACGUAAAUAAUCUACCUGGUGAGAAGACAUGCUAGCAACAAUGGCCAACCUUUUGGGGACGUGGGUGCCCAAAAGCAUGAGGGUGUUGCUACAGCUCAGUUUGGUCUCCUAGAACUGAACUGAGGUCAUAGACACACACAUGUGGUCUCUGCCAGCCCACAAGCAGUGGGUGUAACAUUUCACAAGCAUGGAUUCAUUCAUUCGCUUCCUCAACACGUAUUGAUUGAGGACCUGCUCUGAGCCGGACGUGGUGCUGGGAUGCGCGCAGAUCACAUUUGGCAACUGCCUUCACGCACACAGCACACAAUUAAGUGAUGAGGUAGUGCCUGUGGCAGCCGCCUAUCUGUGGGAGGGAGGAAGGCAGGAGCAAUGUGUGCAGGAGAGUGCAGGAUGCCCCUGGCCUCGGGGGGAUCUUUCCCUGGAACUUGACUCUCAUCUUUGUUUGCAAAAGCCCAGCCCAGCCCCUGCCUGUCCUUCCAUCCCCAAACAAUACCUUAAAGACAUGGCUUACACUUCAGUAAGAUAUCGCUGUGGAGGAGGGGUUGCCGGAGGAAUUGAAGGGCUGGUAUGGGGGCAGCCGUGGGCUCAACAGCCCCUCCUGGUACAAUUUGAGGCUGUGGACUUGUUGGCACCCAAAACAAUCCCUCCAAACCUGACGGUCCCUCCUGACGCUCACCUGCCUGUCUCCUCUCUGCCAUCCCAGGGUGGCCUGGUGUUGGAGAGCCAGUGAUGGUCCUGUGUUCUCUGCAGGUGGGUCAUCCCCUGGCUGACCUCUUUCCUGCCUCAAGACCAUUAAGUAAAAACAGCCGGCGUGGCGGCUUGUAGAAAGUUGUUUAGUCUGUAGAAGCUAAUACAGUCUCAGCUAUGCCUAGAGAGUUACCUAAUUGCUAUGGCAACCCUGACUAGCCACAGUAUUUAGCAUGUGUCCAAUUCAGUAACUCUAGUUUCUCCUGUAAGAUGCCUUAGUCCGCUGUUACUGCAAGACAACCUCAGAAAUCUCAGAGGCUACUGAUUACAAAUCCUCACCCUGGGGUUUUAUAUUCCAGGGCAUGGGUGUGGUCUGGGCCUGUUCCAGGUCCUGGGGGCGGGAAGGAGUGGCAGUCCCCUGGGCAUGUCCUUUCUCAUGGCAGAAGCACAAAAGGCCAAGCCAACCCCACAAGCACACUUUGAGCCCCAGGUCACGCACUUGGUGGAUGUCAAGUGUCCUUGUUCUCUUGGCCAAUGCACAAGGCCAAGCCCCACCUCGGGGGUGGUCAGUUCAAGCCCAAGAACAGUGACACGGUCGGAGCAGCUGUUGCAAGAGUUUUUGUUUUUGACUCUUUGGGGCCCCACCAGAGGCAUAUGGAAGUUCCCAGGCUAGGGGUUGAAUGGCCUACACCACAGCUCACAGUGGAUCCUUAACGCACUGAGCAAGGCCAGGGAUCGAACCUGCAACCUCAUGGUUCCUAGUCGGAUUCAUUAAACACUAAGCCCUUGCAAGAGAGUUUUGAAGACAGGAAAGGAAUCACAAAAUUUGUGGCAGAACGUGAAUGAUCUUCCCCGUAUUUUACAAACAUUCUGUCAUCUUGAAAAGUUCAUUGUUUGGAUUUCCCUGGUGGUUCAGGUUAAGGAUCCAGCAUUGUCACUGCUGUGGCUCAAGUUCAUUCCCUGGUCCCAGGAACUUCCACAUGCCUCAGGUGCAGCUAAAAAGAAAAAAUUUCAUUAUUUAAUACUGCAAUAUUGCAGUAAUAACUACAAGGGAAUCUGGGGUGGGGCGGGGGCCGGUAGGCAGGGGCCUUGAGGUGAGAUGUGGAAGGCCCUGCAUCCAGACACCUCUGUCAACAGUGGAGGGCUCUGGAGGCUCCACACAAAAUGGAUUUAUGGCAGCACUGGACUCCAAGGGUUUCUCUGGGGUCCCUGGGAUGCUUUGGAGGGGUCAAGCCCGGGCACAGGGAGACCAGCCAGGUGGGAAGUGCUGGGAAACAAGGGAGAAGCAGCAUCUACACAGGCCUCAGCAGCACUCUGGGUCAAGGAAGAAGCAGACCCUCCCGGCCAGGCCUGCCCAGGCUUCUGGAAGGCAAAUACGAGAAAGCGCUAUGUCUGACUCAGUAAAGGAUCCGGGCAGCUGGCACACGGGCAGGAAUGCGGGUGCCAAGCUCAGCAAGCAUGUGGGAAAUCACGGGAAGGGGUGCUGCCAGAGACCCUAGCAAGUUGAUGCCUCAGGGACCACCUGGUGAGGAUGUUGCAGCUGGCACCCACUGCAGCCACGAGACACUGCCACCAAGAUAACAAAUACCCAGCCAUCUCUGCCCAGAGCUCAAGAUUCAAGUACCAGGAGGGAGGGUGUGAUGGGCAGACCUUGCAGCUUCCAGAACAUGAAGUGGAAGAGGAUCUGGCUUCUUUGGCACCAGGAGGAGGAGGCAGGACUUGGCCAGACUCACUCAGUAGAGGUUUGUGCAGAAGGGAAGGCUGUUCGGAGACUGGGUGACCAAAGCUGAUGACAGAAGUGCUCCUGGGCUGGGGGAUGCGCAUCCUCCUGUGCUGACCCUUCAAAACCACUGCUCUUAUCCAGCAGGACACAACUGGCCUCGCCACCACGCAUUAGCUCAUCUUUCCUGAUAGAGGGUCAUGGCGCAAAGCUGCUUCAUCCUUCCUGCAGCCACCUCUUCAUCCAGGGCAUCUGCAGGGGUCUCAUCCGUCUCUCGCUCUAUCAUAUUCUUUCUGUAUGUUCCAGAAUGUGUGGAUUAAUGUUCACUACCAUGGCAUGCCUCCAAGGGCUGGUCAAGGACCCCAGGGGGCCCACAAGCGCCUCCUUUUCCCAGCUACCCCUCAGGGGAAGCAGAUGCUCUUCUUCCACCGAGACUUCAAGUGAGAUGCAGUCGCGGAUCCGAGAAUGCAGCUGCCCUCUGGUGAGCCGGACUCAAAAGGUUGGCAGGAAUGAAAAAACAGUGCCACCCUUCCCCUCCCUAGAUUUCUGCUUAUUUUUCAUUGUAAAAAAGUUAACACAUGAUGAGUUUAUUUUUUUUAAAGAGUUAAUAAAUAUUUUUUAAAGCCAC